CGAGGAAGAAGUCUGAGGAAGCCGAGAAACCUCAAGAAGCCGCCGUUGUGGAAGAAGCCAAGGCUGAGAAGGCAAUCACGAAAGCGAGGAAGAAGUCUGAGGAAGCCGAGAAACCUCAAGAAGCCGCCGUUGUGGAAGAAGCCAAGGCUGAGAAGGCAAUCACGAAAGCGAGGAAGAAGUCUGAGGAAGCCGAGAAACCUCAAGAAGCCGCCGUUGUGGAAGAAGCCAAGGCUGAGAAGGCAAUCACGAAAGCGAGGAAGAAGUCUGAGGAAGCCGAGAAACCUCAAGAAGCCGCCGUUGUGGAAGAAGCCAAGGCUGAGAAGGCAAUCACGAAAGCGAGGAAGAAGUCUGAGGAAGCCGAGAAACCUCAAGAAGCCGCCGUUGUGGAAGAAGCCAAGGCUGAGAAGGCAAUCACGAAAGCGAGGAAGAAGUCCGAGGAAGCCGAGAAACCUCAAGAAGCCGCCGUUGUGGAAGAAGCCAAGGCUGAGAAGGCAAUCACGAAAGCGAGGAAGAAGUCUGAGGAAGCCGAGAAACCUCAAGAAGCCGCCGUUGUGGAAGAAGCCAAGGCUGAGAAGGCAAUCACGAAAGCGAGGAAGAAGUCUGAGGAAGCCGAGAAACCUCAAGAAGCCGCCGUUGUGGAAAAGCCAAGGCUGAGAAGGCAAUCACGAACGAGGAAGAAGUCUGAGAAGCCGAGAAACCUCAAGAAGCCGCCGUUGUGGAAGAAGCCAAGGCUGAGAAGGCAAUCACGAAAGCGAGGAAGAAGUCUGAGGAAGCCGAGAAACCUCAAGAAGCCGCCGUUGUGGAAGAAGCCAAGGCUGAGAAGGCAAUCAGAAAGCGAGGAAGAAGUCCGAGGAAGCCGAGAACUCAAGAAGCCGCCGUUCCAAGGCUGGAAGGCAAUCACGAAAGCGAGGAAGAAGUCUGAGGAAGCCGAGAAACCUCAAGAAGCCGCCGUUGUGGAAGAAGCCAAGGCUGAGAAGGCAAUCACGAAAGCGAGGAAGAAGUCCGAGGAAGCCGAGAAACCUCAAGAAGCCGCCGUUGUGGAAGAAGCCAAGGCUGAGAAGGCAAUCACGAAAGCGAGGAAGAAGUCUGAGGAAGCCGAGAAACCUCAAGAAGCCGCCGUUGUGGAAGAAGCCAAGGCUGAGAAGGCAAUCACGAAAGCGAGGAAGAAGUCUGAGGAAGCCGAGAAACCUCAAGAAGCCGCCGUUGUGGAAGAAGCCAAGGCUGAGAAGGCCGUGACGAAAGCGAGGAAGAAGUCUGAGGAAGCCGAGAAACCUCAAGAAGCCGCCGUUGUGGAAGAAGCCAAGGCUGAGAAGGCAAUCACGAAAGCGAGGAAGAAGUCUGAGGAAGCCGAGAAACCUCAAGAAGCCGCCGUUGUGGAAGAAGCCAAGGCUGAGAAGGCCGUGACGAAAGCGAGGAAGAAGUCAGAGGAAGCCGAGAAACCUCAAGAAGCCGCCGUUGUGGAAGAAGCCAAGGCUGAGAAGGCCGUGACGAAAGCGAGGAAGAAGUCAGAGGAUAUAGGAAAGCCAAAAGUAAAGAGAACUAGCUUGAAAUCGAAGAAGAAAGUUGAAACGGAUGGCCCAGACAAUACCACUGAGACUAAUGGUUUCCGUAGUGUGGAGAAUGGGGACAGUCAUUCAGUGCCCAUGAAUGGUAAAUUGGAAAAAAUUGAAAGUCUGACCGCCGAUGAGGAAUAUGAGAAAUUAUACCAGAAAGCUUUGGAAACUCGCGCUUAUAUGGAAGAUGGCCGCGAGUGGACACGUGUGACUGAUGAGGAUAACAGCAACCGACAGAUUCUUCUAAAUAACGAUCAAAAGCUUACUGAGGCAGUUAAGAGAGAGAUGGAGGAUCUCAAGAAGAUGCAGAAGGAUCGCGAAAUGAAGAGGAAACCUGCCUUUGAGAUGUUUUUGACGAAUCGGUCAAUGGGCGUGGGAUCAACUGUGAAACUAUCGUGCGCAGCAACUGGUCCCGAAUAUCAAGUGCAGUGGCUGAAGAAUGGGAAACCCAUUUCAAGUGGAGGAAAAUAUCGCAUCCGGGAAAGCUGUGGUCUGCUUGCUCUCGAAAUUCUAGACGCUACCGUGAGCGACAGUGGUGAAUACACUUGCAUCCUGAAGAAUCGCAAUGGUUCCGUCGAGAGUAGCUCGAUGGUGACUAUUUACGAGAAGUGUCGGGACGAUGACGCAUUCGCGCCACUCUUCACUCGAGGAAUUCGAGUGCUGCUGACCAGUUCUCAGGUGGUCCCAACAAUGGCGGACGUGUUGGUGGAAAAGAAACCUACCGUGAGCAUUCAGGUGCCUCAGUCGAUCAUUAAGCGCGGUAUAACUCCAGAUGUCCUGCGAAGGAGCCGCAGCCGGCGCAGCCGCAGUGUCACGCCAUUUCUGGCGCGUCAGGAUCGCGAGACCACACCUUAUGAAAUUGGCCAAAAUGUCCCUCACACGCUCGUGUCGGCGCUUUGCGUCCUGGAUCAGGCUCUCGUUAUGGACAUCUCAUCGGCCAUCCAAGAUGAUCCAGUGCAGGUGCUCACAUCGGACUUCUCCGUAAUCGACAGGGCGUCCGUGAUGGACAUUUCCCACGGAGAUUUCAUCCUUGAGUACGAGGAGUACGAAGAGGAAAUUGCCGAUGAUGCCAGUAUAAUGAGUGUCGAUGACCGCGCCAGCGAACUGGAUGAAAGUGAAACGCGAUCGGAAAGAUCAGAGAGUGAGGCGCCGGUGAGUGAGGCUGAAUCUGUGGGUACAGAAGUGAGUGAGACGGGAGAGGGCGGUGAACCAGGUGCCAAGAAGAAGAAAGUGGUGAAAAAGAAGGCAGUAAAGAAGCCCGUAGUGAAAAAGAAAAUUGUGAAGAAAGAGGAGUCGCCAAAGAAGAAGGCGGCCGGGAAAACGGGUGCCACCCCACCGCCAAAGGCUCCGCCCAAGAAACUCGCCGUCUCGAGUAUGUUCAAUCAGGCAGACUCGGCUCCAAAGCCCCCGAAACCCACGAAGCCACAGCCGAAGAAGAAGUCCAAGUCCCCAUCGCCUAGGCCAAAGGGAGCCACACCAACGAAGUCAGCAGAGGAAGCGGCAGAAAUCGCCAAGAAAGCACGCGAACCGUCUAAGGAGCCAGAAGAAGAGCCCGAAGAAGAGGAGGAGGAGGAAGAAGAGGGUGAGGAAGAGGGAGAGGAGGAAGAGCAGGAAGAGGAGCCAAUGGACGAGUAUCAGUACGAUGAAGAUCAGGAGCCAGAGGAAGAAGAGGAACCGACUCCAAAGUCUCCGUCGCCAGUAUAUACGGAAGACGAUAUUGCUGAGCAGAAACUCAUUGCCAAGCUCACAGUCUAUGAGCCUGACUACGAUCCUGAUAUCUGGAGGAAGGUUAAAGAUGAACCUCCACCGCCGCCCAUCCAUCUCGAGUUCCCACCGGAGAAGCCGAGAAAGGGCCAACUUCCUUACAAAAGUCUCACGGAGAAGGAGCGCGAUAUUGAGUGGCAGAAGGAGCGUGAAUCCAGGAAGCCACCAGUUCUGUUGAACCAUCUCACGGAUCGUAUAGUGUGCGAGGGAACACCAGUGAAAUUGAGUUGCAGUGUAUCUGGGCCGGAUCUUCAGGUGAAGUGGUUGAAGAAUGGUUUCACUAUGGAGAAGAAGCCGUCAAUCAAGACCACGUCGACCGAUGGAUAUCUGGUACUUGAUAUGCCAAAUCCCACUCCUGCAGACUCCGGAGUGUAUGAGUGCGUGGUGAAGAACAAGAACGGGGAACUCUCCACUCAGGCCAAUGUGACAAUCUACCAGCUCUCAAGUGAACUCCACAGCACCAUUCGUCUGAGCAUUGAGCGGCAGUUCAUGGCAAGUCUCUGUCUUUCAGACUCCUACGACAUCUACACAGAUGAAUUGAUCGUGGAGUUCCACAUCCGUGGUCAGCCUAGACCUCAGCUCGAGUGGGCCAAAGACGCCAUUGCUCUGGAUUUGAAUGACGAGCGCUAUCGCGUGGUUCACGAAGGCAACCUGUGUCAGUUGCUCAUCUCGAAACCAACGAUCAAUGAUAGUGGAAAGUACGUGUGCUUCGCCUCGAAUGCCGCUGGCAAGGUUGAAGCCUCGCACUAUCUGUACUUCGAGAGCAAAGAGGCCGUGACCCACGUUGCGGGCAUUUUCCAUGCUCACUCUAAGAAGUCCUUAGAGGAGAUCACCGAUGAACUGAUGCCGCACAUCACGCUGCCCGAGAGACCGAAGGAUGAUAAUCAGGGCGAGAGAGUGAAGAAGGAGAAGCCAGCCGCGAAGGGUGUCAAGGGCGGGCCAAAGGCGGCGGCCGCAGCCGCUGCUGCGGGCAAGGGUCGUCGCAAGGAAGAGACUCUGCUCCACAGGAAGAUCCUCACCUUCUCCAACAACUUGCGCGACAUGACAGUGAAUGUGGGCACAAAGCUGAAGCUCACGACCACAGUUAUCGGGCCAGAGCCCAAUAUCAAGUGGACCAAGGAUGGCAUCGGCAUCGCUCCGUCGCCGCGCUACAAGAACUCGACCAAGGAGGGCUUCGCGUGCAUCGAGCUCAAUGAUCUCACGCUGGACGACUCCGGAGUCUACGCCUGCACGGCCAAGAACGCCGCUGGUGAAAUAUCAACCCAGGCGCAAGUGACGGUUUAUGCAAUAGAGGAUGUCGACGCGAUCGCCCCAAUCUUCACUUUGCCAAUUAGAGAUACUUACCACGCCGCGGAGAACGACUUAAUUCUGUCUUGCAAGGUGCGCGCUCAUCCGCGACCGCAGAUCGUGUGGAUGAAAGAUGAGGUGGAGAUUCCGCCAGAGGAGAGGAUUCAACAGGUGGAGCAUGCUAAUGGGGUGUGCGAACUGCUGAUCCACGCCCCGUCGACCAAGGACAGCGGCACGUACUCUUGCACGGCCAGCAACUCAAAAGGCAUGCAGAAAGUGGCGCACAGAACGCUCGUGCAGGCACAGUAUAUCGCACCUGUGGACGUGCAGCCGCGCGACGAACAGAAGCCAAAAGGACGCAAGAUGGGCAAGAAGAAGGAGAAGCCCACAUCCACGGGCAUUCCCAGCGCCAAGUUGUCGUUGGUCUUCCAAUCCUUCCUCACGAGUCGCACUGUGAAGGAGGGCCAGCCUGUGAAGCUGACGUGCUUCGUCGCUGGACCGGAUCCAAAUGUGAAGUGGCUGAAGGAUGGGGCAGGAUUCGCCCCGUCGCCAGUGCUCAAGGUGAAUAAUGCCGACGGCUUCCUCACGUGUCACUUCCUCAGCCCCAAGGUCGAGGACUCGGGAGAGUAUUCUGUGCUGGUGAAGAACUCCAUGAGCACCAUCACCUGCUCCUGUCGUCUGGACGUCUAUUCUGCUCACCUCACCUCGGACUUCCCGCCGAUGUUCACUAGAGCGCUCAAAGACAAUUAUCACAUCAACACGAAUGAGCUGAUCAUCGACAGCCACAUCCGUGGCCAACCGAUGCCCAGCGUGUCCUGGAUGAAGGAUGGCCUCACUGUCAAUCCAGACGGCACUUUCCAGCAGUUCGAGCACGAAGACGGAAGCAUCGAGUUCGUCAUCAGCGAUCCUCAGCGCAGUCACAGCGGACGCUACAUUUGCCAGCUGGAGAACCACAUGGGCAAGGCUGAGCUUUCGCACUAUGUCCUGUUCGAGGGCCGCGAAGUGUGCGAAACGGAGCCUGUGCACGGAGUCUAUCACGUGGACCACGCGAAGAUCCGCGAGAAGGAAGAGGCAGAGCGCCGAGCCCGCGAGCAAGCGCUGCUUCCAACUCCUCCGAGGCGAGAAUCCGCGGUGGCGUUGGAAGGAUCUGCCGAUGUUUCGCCCAGGAAGACGGUGUCUAAGACACCGAGUCGCCUGGACAGGGUGAUUCACGACGCCAAGACGAGGCUCACCUUCGCGGCGCCGCUGACCAACAGAGUGUGUGCCGUUGGAUCCAAAGUCAAGCUCUCGUGCUACGUGGACGGCCACAAUCCGCACUUCGAGUGGUUCAAGAACAACAACCCAGUGAACUACAGCACCACAGUGCGCAACUCCAGUCGUGACGGUCUGGGCAUCUUGGAGUUCUUCGACGCUCAGCUCGAUGACACUGGCGACUACAAGUGUGUGGUGAGGAACAUCGCCGGAGAGAUCAAUUCGACGGCCACGCUGAUGGUCUACGAGGACAGAAAGGACGUCGAAGUGCCGCCGUGCUUCGUCAUUGGGCUGAAGGACAAGUACAUAAUCGAGCGCGAUGAAAUCCUCAUGGAGUGCCACGUUCGCGGUGAUCCCAAACCUAGCAUUAGCUGGAUGAGAGAGGGCGAACCGAUCACCGACCCUCGCUUCCAGUUCUUCGAGCUGGACGAUGGCGUUUGCCAUCUCUUGAUCACCAAACCAGUGCCCAAAGACAGCGGCGUGUACGCCUGCAUUGCGGAGAACAAGCUGAAGCGCGAACAGACAGGACACUACUUAGUGUUCGAGGGCAGGGAUGCUGAGCUCAAAAAGCUGGAGCCAGAGCCUGAGCCGGAAGUCAAGGAGCCGCCCAAGAGGAAGCCGAUGGGCAAGAAGGCGAAGGCCAAGGCGGCAGCCAAAGCGGCCGAAGCUGGAGGUCCAGUGGACAUGAAGAGUCGCUUGCAGUUUGUGGCUCAUCUUGCGGACAGAACCGUUCCCGUGGGGGCCAAGUUGAAGCUGUUCUGCAUCGUGGACGGUCCAGAGCCGCAGAUCAAGUGGACGAAGAACGGAUGCGGAGUCGUUGCUGGGCCGCGCGUGAAGAACGGCACGAAGGAGAACAAUGCACUGAUUGAGAUCUUGAACGUCCUACCCGAGGAUGCGGGAGAGUGGAAGUGCUCAGCCAAGAAUGCCGCUGGAGAAAUCACCUCCGUGUGCAAUCUGAUAGUGUUCGCGCCGCCACCAGUCGACAUUAUUCCACCCACAUUCUCCAGGCCGAUUUCUGGUAAAUUGCAUGCAUUGCGUUGUGUGUUGAGUGUCUCGCUCCUCUUGUCGUCUGUGUUCAGGAUGGAGAUCAAGACGGAAGCGCCGCGCAAGGCGCGCGGGAAGAAGCGGGGCCAGAAGAAGAAGGAGACUUCGGAUCUCCUGGCAGGAGACACAACGCCUAUUUUCCUCACCCACCUGACGAACAGGACCGUCGAAGAAGGCAUUCCAGUGAAGUUCUCAUGCUUCGCCAUGGGACCUGAACUGCAGGUGAAGUGGUUCAAGAAUGGAGAAUCCUAUACGCCAACAUCGCCCGUGAAGAUGUCCUGUGAGGAUGGAUUGAUUGUCCUGGAGUUUCUCAAUCCCCGGAAGGACGAUUCAGGACGGUACAAAGUGAAUGUGUUCAACGCCAGCGGAACUAUAUCCUCCACAGCCUUCCUGGAGAUUUACUCAAUAAAAGGCGCCACAGUGACGGCAGAUCUUCCGCCUGUCUUCACCAGCGCCAUGAAAGAUUCAUUUCAUCCAGAAACCAAUGAAAUUAUCCUUGAGUGUUUUGUCAGCAAUCCUCCCCCACAGAUUUCAUGGUUCAGGAACAAUGUCGAAAUCACAAACACGGACAAAUUCGCUCUCAUAUCAGAAAACAAUCUCAGAAAGUUGAUUAUAUCUCACCCCGAAAGCUUAGACAGUGGUCUUUAUUCGUGCAAAUUGCACAAUAGCGAGCAGGAGCAGGAGGUUUCCUGCCAUGUUGAUGUGAACUCCUUAAUUGGCUUGCCCAGAGUGAAGAAGGAACCCAAAGCCGAGGCAGAGGAUCAGGAUCUUCUGCCCAGAAAGAGGAUUCAGCAGGAGGAUGAGCAAGUGGCGCAGAAGCCGCAGAGUCGAGCGGAGAAGAUGCGCGAGGCGGAGAGGAACAAGUUGGUCUUUGAGGUGUAUUUGAAGAAUGCAACGGCCAAUGAAGGAUCGACGAUUAAGCUGAUGUGCUGCGUGCGUGGACUCGAGCCAAGAGUGACUUGGCUGCGGAAUGGCCAAGAAAUUCCUCACGAUCCCAUCAAGUAUUCCACAGAGAGUCGCAAUGGCGUAUUUUCGCUCGCCGUCAGCAAUCUGACCCACUCCGAUGCUGGCGAGUACUCGUGCCGCGUUGAAAAUGCCAUCAAUGCGAUCUACUCAUCGGCGAAGGUGAUCGUCAAUGAGAAAGUGCAGAAGAAGGAAUUGCCGAUGGUGAUCUCGGAUAAGUUACUAGAUUUCUAUGACCAGAAGACCAAUCAACUGAUCUUCGAGUGCAUGACAAGAGGAUCACCGAAAAUCACAUGGUUUAGAGACAAUAAACCUCUGCAGGAUGAGAGAUUCGACUACUUCUCAGACAAAAGUGGCUUGAACAGGCUGAUAAUCAGCAAUCCCAGAGCUGAUGAUAGUGGAAACUACUCUUGUCGGAUUCAGGAUACCAAUUUUGACGUCAAGCUUGAUCAUCAUCUGUCUUUCGAUGGCAGGAAGAUCAUCCGCGGAAGACAUCUCGAGAAGGCCCAGCAAGAGCCGCAGAAGCCAUCCAGUUCGCACACAGCACUGAGGCACAGAGACACGAGGAAGAAGCCCUAUUUCACCACUUCUCUGAUGGACAGAACAGCCGCCGAGGGAUCGACGAUCAAGCUGAUAGCCAACGUGAUGGGCGAUGCCGACUCUGAGGUUGUCUGGCACAGGAAUCACAUUCCACUGGAGAGCUCUUCGCGUCAUCGCACGAUCUUCAGAGACGGCCUGGCGACGCUCGAGAUUUUCGGCGCCACUCCAGAUGAUUCUGCAGAGUAUUCUUGUGUUGUGCGGAAUCGCUACGGUCAGGCGGAGUCGAGUUCCAAAUUGAAGGUGUACGAAGGGUUUGAAACCACCCCAAUGCCACCCACUUUUACCAGGAGUAUCAAAGACACUUACAACAUUAACGUGGAUGAACUGGUGCUUGAAUGUCGCGUUCGUGGCCAGCCUCGUCCCUCGAUCACAUGGUACAAAGACGGCGAGGAGCUGGACACGCACAUGAACAAGAAAUACGAGCAGCAGGACUCUUACGAUGGCUUCUGUCGUCUGCUGAUCAGCAAACCCACGCCGACCGACAAUGGCAUCUACAUCUGCAAGGCCGACAAUCCCGGACACUCGGACAAGAUCCAGCACAUGGUGCAAUUCACAGGCAAGGACAGCAGCAUCCUGGAGCGAACGCACGGCUUCUACCAUCGCGAUCCCAACAAGCCGCACUUCUCCACUGUGCUCACGGACAAUCUGGUGCCGAUCGGCGGCACGAUCGGUCUGCAAGUGGAGGUUCACGGGCCCGUGGACGUGCAGUGGCUACGCGGCAAGGACGUACUGACGUCGGGCGACAAGGUCAACACGUAUGCCGAGGAGGGCACCUACACGCUGGCAGUGUCGAGCGCCACGGCCAAGGAGUCCGGCACCUACACCUGCCGCGCCACAAAUGCAUUUGGCAAGUCCGACAGCAUCGCGCACGUGCACGUGAUCGCGCCGGCUACCGUGAAGGGUGGCAAGCCGCCGCAGAUCCUCGACAGACCGCCCAAGGAGAUGGUCCUCAUGACUGGCGACAACCUCAAGAUCUCCUUCAGGAUCCAGGGCGAUCCCAAGCCACAAUUGUAUUUCUUGAAAGGAUUGCGAGAUCUCUCCAAGAACUCACGGUGCUACAAAGAGAAGCACGACGACUACGUCCGAUACAAUAUCGAGCAGUGCAGCCUACAGGAUUCAGGAACGUACUGCAUAAUGGCGAGGAACCGCUUUGGCAUUGAUCGAGCAUUUGUCGCCGUACAGGUUAAAGCAAGAGCGCGAUCAAUAACGCCAUCGAGGGAAUGGAAUUACACACCGAUAACCGUGGAUAGCACAGAAGUUUCAUAUUUUAAAAAUCCACCAGAGCCCAUUCCCGCUGAGCCCCUGGUCGUGGACAGUGGGAAGAAUCACGUCAGCCUCUCGUGGCUGAAGCCACCGCCCGGCGACGCCGCGCCUGUGAUUGCGUAUAAAGUCGAGGCUUGGCUGGUGGGCAAAGACGGCGGCGCGCGAUGGACUGAGUUGGGAGUGACGCCCAUCAACAGCUUCGACGCCUUCAACUUGCAGCAGCGCUGCGAGUACCACUUCCGCGUGACGCCGAGGAAUCGCUACGGCUGGGGUCCGUCUGUGCAGACAUCUCAGUCUGUCCUCGUCGGAGUUCCCGUCCAAAUGCCAGAGUUCACGAAGAUCCUCCCCGGACAGCUGAAGGCGCUCAUCGAGCGCGAAAUCACGCUGGAGUGUAUAGUCAAGGGACACCCAAAACCCGAUGUGAUCUGGUACAAAGACGGCCUGGAGCUGGAGAGCGAGGAUAGAAUCUCGUGCAGGUCCCUAGGAUCGGUCUGCAAAUUGACAAUCGUCAGUGUGAGGAGCACGGAUUCUGGAAGAUACACUUGUGAAGCCACAAACAGAGCUGGACGAGUCUCAACCUUCGCGCGCUUGCUCGCUGUUGAGGAUCGCAAGAUUUUCGAAGCUGACGGCGAGCUCAAGCGAUUCAUAGAGACUGAUCUGAGUCUCAUCAGCGAAAUGCAGCCUCAAUUCACAAUGAGAUUGCGAGAUCGUCGCGUUCAGGUCACCUUCCCCGUCCGCCUCACCUGCCAAUGCAUAGGUCUGCCCCUGCCCGAAGUUGUCUGGUUCAAGAAUGGAAAGGAAGUCGAGCAAAAUGAUCGCUUCAAUGUCUGGAACGAGAACAACUUCUACACCCUUGAGAUCCUGCGAACCACCUUGGAUGACGGCGGAAGGUACACCGUGACGGCUCGCAACGAGAUGGGCUCUGUGUCCUGCCACUGCAAUCUCGUGGUGGACAAGGGCAUUCGGGCUUACAUAGCUCCGGACUUCUAUUGCGGUCUGGAUCCUCUGUACACCUUCCGCGAAGGCUCAGAGAUCAGGCUGUCCGCUCAGGUGGAGGCUUAUCCCUCUGUCGGCGUCACUUGGCACAGAGAUGGGGCGAAGUUGCGUCCUAGCAGGAGGAUUGUUGUCACGCUGGAUCACAACGGCUUCGUUGAACUUGUGAUCGCCGAUGCGAAGACUAGCGAUGCUGGGAUUUACACCUGCGUGGCUUCGAAUGCUGUCGGUCAGGCUGAGAGUUGCUGCAGAGUCACAAUUGAGGGCUCGUCAGAUGAUCAGACGGACAGAGCAGCGAUCCCGAGAGUGACUGAAGGAGAUCACCCGUACUCCAAGGAGCCGAUGUUCAUCACGAAGCCACGCUCGAGCGAAGCCUACGAGGGCGACACUGUGAUCAUUCACUGCGAAGUAAUUGGCGAUCCCAAGCCCGAUGUCGUCUGGCUAAGAGAUUUCCUUAAGCCGGAAUACUACAAAGAUGCUCCACAUUUCCAUCGCGUGGGAGAUGGUCCAGAGUACCGCUUAGAGAUUCCCAGGGCGAAAUUGGACUACACCGGAACAUACUCAGUGAUCGCUACAAAUUUCCAUGGAGAGGCCAAAGCAAUAAUUUCCCUGCAGAUUUAUGCCAAAGAUUUAGACAAGGUGAAAAGUAUGGAUAAAGGAUCGAUCAAGCACAGCAAUGUGGAGACAUUGCCUUCAUUCCUGAGCCACCUGAAGGACCUCAGAUGCUGCGAUGGCGACGCAGCGACGCUGGAGUGCAGAGUCAUUGGACAGCCAGAGCCGAACAUCUUCUGGGAGAAAGAUGGACGACUGGUGCAGAUGGGAAAUGACUUCUCCAGCAAGUACGACGGAGAGAAGGCCACACUGUCGCUGGCCAGGAUCUUCCCAGAGGACGAAGGUUCGUACACGUGUAUUGCCUCGAACACAAUCGGGAAGACCUACUCCUCAGCAGUCCUUAUUGUCGAUGUUCCUGAGGAGAAGGAGAAUCUCCUGAGCAAGCAACUCAAUCGUCCGCCUGGCAUUUUGCUCUCUGCUCAAUCAACUCCAAGAUCCACGCCGCGAACGACGCCCAUCCGCAGCAGUUCUCCACACCGCGUGUCCUCCAUGUCCUUCAGGAGUCCCUGCAUUGACAUCACAUCGUCGAAGCACCUCAAGUUCUCCGCGCCCAAGUUUUACGCCCUGCCGCAGAAUAAAGUGGCCGAAGAGGGCGAAAAUGUGCGCUUCCAGUGCGCAAUCGCCGGCCAUCCGACGCCCUGGUCCACAUGGGACAUGAACGGGACGAUCGUGACGCCGACAGCGAGGAUCACAGUGAAGGAGUGCGACGACCUGCGAAUCCUGGAGAUUGAGCAGGUGACUCAAGAGGACGCCGGGUUGUACAGAAUCACACUCGAGAAUGACUUCGGGCGCAUUGAGGCCACUGCUCGGCUGGAUGUGAUCUGCUGUCGGGAUCGAUCGGCCAGAAUGCUGAGGACGAGCAGUGCCUCGCCGAGACGCGCUGGCGUGUGGUCACGGAGACUGAUGGGCAACAGCACGGCGAUUGGAGGUCGUCUGGCGCUGGCGUGUGACUUCAGACGAGGAACUUCCACGCCAGCCCGGAAGUUCUACCACAACGGUGAGGAAGUGGAGGAAUCGGAGAGGAUAAAGAUCGCAGACAAUGUUCUGGUUGUGGACAAUGUGACAGUGGAAGAUGAGGGCAUUUAUACGUGUGUAGCUUACACAGAAGACUGCAUCAUGACAACCUCAAAGUGUGUGACUUUCGCCGACAAUCCAGUGAAUCCGCCACGAAUUGUGAAAUGUUUAACGCCCGAGGAAGCCCAAGACAUUCGCACGUGCGAAGGAGCAGCCCUAGAUCUUGAGCUGAGAGUGGAGUGCAGUGAGGUGUUUGACUACACGUGGUUCAGAGACGAUAAAGCCAUUCCCGAUUCUGAUGACAUGAGAUACAUCGAUCACGGAGAUGGCUUGCUGGUGCUCAGCAUCGCCGAUCCAUUCGUGCCGGACUCUGGCGUCUACAAGUGCGUAAUCACCUCGCCGGCGGGUGAGUGUGAGUCCUCCUGUCCGGUGAUCGUCACCGAGUGCACUCAUGAGUCAUCCGGCGUGUCUGAGCAGCCGCGGCCGCUCUUCUCGAAGCCACCGCUGCCAGUUGUCUCCCAUCCGGGCGCCGAAGUGGCCUUCUCAGCGCGAAUCUCGCCGCCUCAGUCGCGCAUCUCGUGGUAUCUCAACGGCCGAGAAAUUGGGCAAAACCCUUCGGCGCAUUUUCAGAUUGAGGAAGAGGAAGACGGUUUGAGUAUUUUGCGGGUCAUUGGGCUGCAGCACGAUCACAGUGGGGAGAUUAAGUGUGUGGCAGAGACGAGAGCCGACUGUGACGGAAGACACGACACUCAGGCCAUUGUCUACACCAGCCUGGCCGUUCUCCCCGAGGUUCCGCCCAGUCAGUGUCCGGCGCACAUCCUCAGCGGGCCGCAGGACUGCACGACGCUCAUCGGCGGCAGGAUUGUGCUGGAGGCUUUCUUCGCCGGCCAUCCGGAUCCGGCAGUCAAGUGGAUGAGGGCAGGUCGCAUCAUAUCUGAGACAAGCAACAAAACCAUGAGCACCACAAAGGGACGCUCCGUGCUCUUGCUCACGGACAUAACAGCCGACGACAGCGGCAAGUACACCGUAGAAGUGGCGAACGAACACGGAGGCGACACAGCGUCAGCCUCUGUGGCAGUCGAGGGUCCUCCAGAGCCGCCCGGAGGACGCCCCAGCGUCUCACCGGGCGUCGACAGAGUCGCCGUGGCGUGGUGUGGACCACCUUAUGACGGAGGCUGCAUGAUCACGGGAUUCAGCCUCGAGAUGCAAGAGGAUGACGCGGAAUGGAAGGAAGUGGCUCAAGUUGUCGACUCCCUGGCAUACACUGUCAAGGAUUUAACGCCUGGAUUGAAGUAUAGAUUCCGCGUUCGGGCAGAAAAUACUCAUGGGAAGAGCGAACCGAGUCUUGCCAGCGAUGAAAUACUCAUGAACUCUCCAGACGUCACAGAUGCGGAAAAGUCUCCGGUGGACGUGGCUCCUGGAGGGGACUUCAAGAGCCGCUUCGAGAUGCUCGAGGAACUGGGCAAAGGUCGCUUUGGUGUGGUGUACAAAGUCGUGGAGAGAGACACGAGCAGAACUCUGGCCGCCAAAGUGAUCAAGUGCAUCAAGUCGAAGGACAGGGUGAAAGUGCAGGAAGAGAUCUCCAUCAUGAAGUCGCUGCAGCAUCCCAAACUCCUCCAACUGGCCGCCACCUUCGAGACUACCAAAGAGAUUAUUAUGGUGAUGGAAUACAUAACUGGUGGUGAGCUUUUUGAGAGGGUCGUUGCGGAUGACUUCACCCUCACGGAGAGAGAUUGCAUCCUGUUCCUCAGGCAAAUAUGCGAAGGAGUGAGCUAUAUGCACGAGAAGUGUGUUGUCCAUCUGGACUUGAAGCCCGAGAAUAUCAUGUGUCACACGAGAAAUAGCCACCAAAUCAAGAUCAUCGACUUUGGUCUGGCUCAGCGCUUGACUGACAACACUCCAGUGCGCGUCCUGUUCGGGACGCCAGAGUUCAUCCCUCCGGAGAUCAUCAACUACGAACCGAUUGGAUUCCAGUCCGAUAUGUGGAGCGUGGGAGUAAUUUGCUACGUCCUUUUAUCGGGUUUAUCGCCAUUUAUGGGCGAUUCGGACGUGGACACAUUCACCAACAUCACGAGAGCCGAUUAUGACUUCGAGGACGAGGCAUUCGACGCUGUGUCACAAGACGCCAAAGAAUUCAUCUCUGGACUGCUGAUCCAUCGCAAGGAGGAGCGCCUCACGGCGCAGGAGUGCCUCAACUCCAAGUGGCUCUCGCUCGAGAACGACAACAUGAGCAAUGUUAAGCUCAGCACCGACAAACUGAAGAAGUUCAUCAUUCGCAGAAAGUGGCAGAUCUCACAAAUCGAACCGCAGCAAACGCACCCAGUGCUGGCCGGAAGAUGGGUGGGCUAAGUGCUAAGGUCAGGGAGGUGACAGAGCGCCUCUCGGCGCCCAAGAGACUCCCUGAGCAGUCCAGCAGGUCAAAUGCGACAAACACAGCGAGAACGACGAAGAAACUCACACUCUCGCACGAGA